AGUUUAAAAGACUUUUUCUUUCUUUGCAACCUAUUAAACCAUUGUUGAUUUAUAAAUUAAUAGAAAUUUAAAAUAAUUUAUGUGCCAUCCCAUCUAGUUUGCACCUAGUGGGACGAUCAUUUGUUUUGUUUUGUUUUGUUUUUUAUCAGAAAUGAAAGUGAAUCUAAUCUGUUCCUGUUCAGUUUGAGGUCCAAGUUCAGCCUUUUUAAUUUUUUUCUUGAGACACGCCUGUUUUCCACACUGCUUUUACAACCCAAACCAGGAAGUGUGAGCUGCUGUGAGUGUGUGUUUGUUUUUUCAGUGAAAUGGCAGAAAGAUUCGGAUUUCAGGACCAGUUCAUUUGUCCAAUCUGUCUGGAUCUCCUCAAGGAUCCAGUGACUAUUCAGUGUGGCCACAGUUUCUGUAUGCGGUGCAUUAAUGGCUGCUGGGAUCAGGAGGAUCAGAAGGGAGUCUAUAGCUGUCCUCAGUGCAGACAAACCUUCACUCCAAGACCUGCUGUGAGUAAAAACACUGUUUUGGCUGAAGUUAUGGAGACACUGAGGAGGGCAGGACACCAAGGUACACGUUCCACUCAAUGUCCAGCUGGACCUGAGGAUGUGGAGUGCGAUUCCUGCUCUGGGAGAAAAGACAAAGCAGUGAAGUCGUGUCUGGUGUGUCUGGCGUCUUUCUGUGAAACUCACCUCCAGCCUCACUAUGAAUCUCCUGCCUUUAAGAAGCACAAGCUGGUGGAAGCCUUCAGACAUCUUCAUGAGCAGAUCUGCUCUCAGCACGACAAACUGCUGGAGGUUUACUGUCGGACUGACCAGAGGUGUAUCUGCAUGCUGUGUAUGUUAGAGGAACAUAAAGGACAUGAUACAGUAUCAGCUGCAGCAGAAAGACCUCAGAAACAGAAGCAGUUUUUGGAGAUGCAGGGACAAAAUAAGCAGAAAAUCCAGGAGAAAGAGGAGAAGCUUCAGAAGCUGAUGAAUGCUAUGGACAAUCACGAGCGCUCUGCACAAACAGCAGUGCAGGAGUGUGAGAGGAUUUUUACAGAGCUGACCAAAUCCAUUGAGAGAAGAUGCGACGAGGUGACAGCGCUGAUCAGAGCUCAGGAGAAAUCCGAGUCGAUUCGAGCAGACGAUUCCGUGAAGACACUGGAGUAUGAGAUUGCAGCGCUGAAGAGGAUAGACACUGAGAUGGAAGAGCUUUCUCACACACAAGAUCCUGUCCAUUUCCUCCAGAGUUUUCAGUCUUUCUACGAUGUUCCUAAGAGUGUAUUCAUACCCACCAUCAAUUCCCAUGUCUCUUUUGAUGAAAUCAUAAAAUCAGUGUCUGAUUUGAGGGAGAAAGUAGAAGAAUACUCUAAAGAGGAGUUUGGAAAAAUUAAAGACGGAGUGAGCAACAUCUGUAUAUUUCCUCACCCACAACCCGAAAGCAGAGAAGAUUUUCUACAAUACUCGCGUCGACUGACACUGGAUCCAAACACAGCUAAUAUACACCUCAGUCUGUCUGAAGGGAACACAUCGGUGACCUGCAGCACAGCAGCUCAGUCGUAUCCUGAUCAUGAAGACAGAUUUGAUUCUCAUCUCCAGGUGUUGUGUAGCGAGCGUGUGAGUGGACGUUGUUACUGGGAAGUUGAAUGCAGUGGACAUUGCGAGGUUUCUAUAGCAGUGUCGUAUAAAACCAUCCUCAGGAAAGGAAACAGUAAUAAUUGUGUGUUUGGUUGCAAUAAUAAGUCCUGGAGACUCUUCCGAUCUCCGUCCGAAUUGCUAUUCUGGCACAAUAACAAAAAAACUGAAAUAUCAGUCAUACCCAGUUCCUUCAGAAUAGGUGUGUAUGUGGAUCACAAGGCAGGAGUUCUAUCCUUCUACAGCGUCUCUGACACCAUGAAGCUCCUCCACAGAGUUAACACCACAUUCACGCAGCCUCUUUACCCCGGAUUUAUGGUUUGGGUUGGAUCAUCACUCAAAUUAUAUCAUUUAAAAUAAAAAAAUGUUAAGCUUUUUAA